AUGCCUCCCAAGCCUACCCGUGGUUGGGAUGCCACCUCUCACGAGGACCUCCUCCUUGCCCUCCUGGAAGAGAUGAAGCCCAACAAAGCCGUCCUCACUAGUGUGGCCGACAAGAUGCGCGACAAGGGCUACUCUUACUCCUUUGACGCGAUCAAUCAGCACGUUCAGAAGCUCCGAAAGAACCGCGACACCACGGGGAUCCAGAACUCUGGUUCUGAGGCUGCCACUCCUCGCAAGUCUCGGGCCACUGCCCCCAAGACUCCCAAGCGCACUCCUAAGCGAAAGGCUCCCACCAAGUCUGCUUCCAUCGCUGAUGAUGAUGAUGAAGAGGACCUUGAGGACAUGAAGCUGCAGCUCAAGAUGGAGGAGACCGACGUCGGGGAUGAUGCUCUCCUUUCCCCCAAGGGCGUCAAGCGGGCCCGAACUGCCACUCCCAAGUAA